AUGGGAAAUCAAACCGAAGUGACUGAAUUUAUUAUCCUGGGACUUUCCAAUGAUCCACAGAUGCAGAUUUUCCUUUUCCUGAUGUUCUUAGUUGUCUACCUAAUCACCCUUUUGGCAAACAUGGUGAUCAUGCUGGUGAUAAGGGCUGAUCCUCACCUUCACACCCCAAUGUACUUCUUCCUGUCUCAUUUAUCCUUUGUUGAUAUCUGCUAUUCCUCAGCCAUUGUCCCUAAUAUGUUGGUGCAUUUCCUAGUAGAACACAAAACUAUUUCCGUCAAUAGCUGCAUUGCACAGACUUUCUUCAUUUUUCUGCCGGCUGUUGCUGAAGUUUUUAUUCUCUCAGCGAUGGCUUAUGAUCGCUAUGCUGCCAUCUGUGACCCACUGCGUUACAUGGACACAAUGAGCAAAGGGAUCUGUGUUCAGCUGGUGAGCGGUGCAUGGGUAAUAGGCUUCAUAGAUGCCCUGAUUAAUACUGUUUUUGCCCUCAAGUUGCGUUUCUGUGGGCCCAAUCAAAUCAGCCAUUUCAGCUGUGAGCUCCCUCUACUAUUACAACUGUCCUGCACUGAGACCCUCAUCAAUCAAGUGGUGCUUUUUACUUCUGUUGUCAUACUUGGAUCAAGCUCCUUUCUCUUCACCCUGAUCUCCUACAUUCACAUCAUCUCCACCAUCCUGAGGAUACACUCUGCGGAGUGCAGGCAUAAAGCAUUCUCCACCUGCAGCUCCCACCUUAUUGUGGUUGGUUUGUUGUACUUGACAGCUUUUUUCCAGUACACAAAACCCAGCUCGGUCUCCUCUGUGGUGCUGGAUGAAAUGUUCUCCAUCCAGUACAGCAUCAUGACCCCCAUGUUAAACCCCAUUAUCUACAGCCUGAAAAACAAGGAAGUGAAAACAGCUAUAGGGAAAAUGUUGAGGAAAUUCAAAUUUCUCAAGUAG